UACACAGUCAAAAUAUUAUGAUUUCUUCUAUUUAAACAAUAUUAUAUUAUGUUACAAUGGAAUUAGAAACGUUGUUGCGAAAAAGUGCCUUAACAGAUAAAACUGAAACUAACCUGGAAGAGAGUGAAAAAAUAGAGGAUGAAUAUUUUCAAGAGAUUUAUGAUCAAUGGAAAGGAACUAAAGCAAAAGAUAAAGACUUAACCUAUAAAGUGAUACCUAAGUUUUAUUUUAAGUUACCUAAAGAAGAUGAGAUACUACCACAAAAAUUAAGAGAAGAAACACGUGCAUUAUUUUUACAAAGACGUUCACGUCAAUUAUUAGAUAAUAAUGAAUUAAAAGCACUAUGGGUCUUGUUAGACAAAUAUCAUAGUCCACCAUUGUCAGGAGAAGAACAAUUGAUUAAUUAUGAGGAUUUUAAAAAAGUUGGACAAUUGGCUGGUACCAAAUGUAGUCCUUACUUUACUGCAGUAGUUUUUGCUAAACUUCAACAAGGUGAUCAACAUGGAAGAAUAAGUAUAAUGGCAUUAUUUAAUUAUGUCAUGAGAAAAGUUUGGUUACAUCAAACACGUAUUGGUCUUUCAUUAUACGAUGUCACAGGACAAGGAUACCUCAGAGAAUCUGAUCUGGAGAAUUAUAUUUUAGAACUUAUACCAACACUGCCACAAUUAGAAGGUCUAGAAAAAUCAUUCCAUUCAUUUUACGUGUGUACAGCUGUUAGAAAAUUUUUAUUCUUUUUGGAUCCUCUUAGAACUGGAAGAGUUCGCAUUCAAGAUAUUCUAGCAUGCAGUUUUCUCGACGACCUAUUAGAAUUACGAGACGAAGAUUUACCUAAAGAUUUACAAGAAGCUAAUUGGUUUUCAGCACCGUCUGCACUUAAAGUUUAUGGACAGUAUUUAAACCUUGAUAGGGACCAUAAUGGAAUGCUCAAUAAAGAAGAACUUGCUGGAUAUGGAACAGGUACUUUAACCGGUGUAUUUUUAGAAAGAGUAUUUCAAGAAUGUUUAACAUACGAAGGAGAAAUGGAUUACAAAACUUAUUUAGAUUUUGUCUUGGCUUUGGAAAAUCGUCACGAACCACAAAGCUUGCAUUAUCUCUUUCGAAUAUUAGAUAUUAAUAAUCGUGGUUAUCUCGAUACAUUUUGUCUUAAUUAUUUUUUCCGAGCAAUACAAGAACAAAUGACAACGCAUGGUCAAGAACCAGUAAGUUUUGAAGAUGUAAAGGAUGAAAUAUUUGAUAUGGUUAAACCAGCUAAUCCAUGUAAAAUUACACUGAAAGAUUUAUUAUCUUGUGGUCAAGGUGAUACAAUGGUGAGCAUUUUAAUAGAAUUUCAUGGUUUUUGGGCUUAUGAAAAUCGUGAAGCUAUGGCUGCUGACACAGGAGAUGAGUCAUCUCAUGUUUGAUAAAUUAGAAAUAUGAAAAAAAA